UAGCCGAGGGUACUACAGAAAAAGCUAUUAGACUGUGAGUAAAGUGGGAUGGAAAAGAUAGAAUAUUUCUUCUCCAUUAUUUUUCGGCUCGUGUUACAUUAAUUAGUACAUCAAGAAAUGAUAGGCAAAAUACUACAGAGACCUUCCCUUUAUAUUCUCUUGCACCCUUCUCUUGAUCACCAGUCUAUUAACACCAUAGAGAGAGAGAGAGAGAGAGAGAGAGAGAGAGAAAGAUAUGUUCAUCUCACAAUCUAACAAACUCUUUAGUCUAAAACCUCUAGUUUUCAAAAUACUAGUAGUUGUGUUGCUUAGCAUCACAAUCAAUAGAGAGCCUUGCGCCACCCCGACGCGGCGAUCGUUGCUGGAAACGAUGCUUUUCGAGGGGAACCUAAGCUUCAACAACAUGGAGCAUGCAUCAAGGGACUUCGGCAAUAGAUACCAUCUCAUGCCAUUGGCAGUCCUAUACCCAAAAUCCGCCUCCAACAUUGCCCACAUCAUCAAACACGUGUUCGAGCAAGGCCUGAGCUCCGACCUCACGGUGGCGGCCCGGGGCCACGGCCACUCCCUCGAGGGGCAGGCCCUGGCGCCCGGGGGCGUGGUCGUGGACAUGGAGUCGUACAAGUCUCCUGCGAUGACAUUCCACACGGCCGGGAAGCACCCGUACGUGGACGUCUCCGCGGGCGAGCUCUGGAUAAACAUCCUGCAUGAGAGCGUCAAAAGGGGCCUCACUCCCAAAUCUUGGACAGAUUAUCUCCACCUCACCGUCGGAGGCACCCUCUCCAACGCCGGCAUCAGCGGCCAGGCUUUCCGGCAUGGCCCUCAGAUCAAUAAUGUCUACCGACUACGUGUUGUCACAGGUUCAUUAUCACAUGCACAAACACAAACACAAAAAAAUAAAUUCAAACAUUUCUUUUUUCUACUAAUUUGUGCAGGCAGAGGGGAUGUGGUGAGCUGCUCAGACGAGGAGAACGCCGAUCUCUUCAAUGCAGUUCUCGGAGGAUUAGGGCAAUUUGGGAUCAUGACAGAGGCCAGAAUUGCUCUAGAGCCAGCUCCAACAAAGGUUAAAUGGAUGAGAGCACUUUACUCGGAUUUCACCACAUUCACCAACGAUCAAGAGCGUCUGAUAUCUUCAGGAAAAGGGUUGGACUAUUUAGAAGGAUUCGUGGUGAUAAACAGAAGCGGCCUACUAAACAACUGGAGAUUAUCGUCCUUCAAUCCCAAAGAUGCUGCGCAAGCACAAGAGUUCAGGUCGGAGGGAAGGAUUUUGUUCUGCUUGGAGCUCGCCAUGUACUUCAACAAAGAAGACGUCGAAGCGGAAGUGGACAGCCUUUUAGCUGAGCUCAGCUACAUUCGCUCCACGCUCUUCGUGUCGGAGGUGCCCUACGUGGACUUCCUCGACAGGGUGCACGUGUCGGAGAUGAAGCUCCGCGAGAACCAGCUGUGGGACGUGCCGCAUCCGUGGCUGAACCUCCUUGUGCCGAGGAGCAGCAUCCAUGGCUUUGCCCACCAAGUUUUCAACAACAUUGUUAAGGAUACAAGCAAUGGCCCUGUCCUAAUCUACCCUCUCAACAAAUCAAGGUGGCGAAACGGGACGUCGUUGGUGACUCCUGAGGAGGAAGUGUUCUACCUAGUGGCGUUCCUGAGCUCGGCGGUGCCGUCGUCUACAGGGAGAGACGGCCUGGACGCCAUUGUAGCUCGGAACAGACGGAUUGUAGAGUUUGUUGGCGGCUCCAAUUUGGGGAUCAAACAGUAUUUGCCACAUUACAGCACCACACACGAGUGGAGGGCUCAUUUUGGGAGUAAAUGGGAGGUUUUCCUAAGGAGGAAGAUGUUGUACGACCCCCUCGCCAUCCUGGCUCCGGGCCAGAGGAUUUUUCCCAAGCCCAACUUCAAAAACACUUCUAAAUCAAUUCUAACACGUUUACAUACAUAAUCAUAAAUAUAAUGGCAAGAGGCCAGAGGGGAUCACUGUUGCUCUCACACGUGCUGCUUUUUCUCACAUGUAACAAAACUUGACCCCAUGUGACUUGCUUCUUCCCAAAUCCAUUUAUGCAUUAUUUUACUUCCUUUUA